GACAUGGUCACCGCAAGGUCAUCUGGAUCCAAGUGGAAGUACCGAUGCUGACCAAGACAUUAAUCCUGCUGUUGCUGUCUUUACCGUCCCAGGUGGCGUCGCUAGAGCUGCCGUCUUGGCUGUAUGGUCCAGUCGUGGCAUGGCCGGCUCGGACGCCGACCUCGUCUACGUCGUCUCGCUCGAUGCUGGUGUGAGUUGGACAAGCCCUGCACUGGUUGUUCCGGCUGCUGCGACAACAGACUCGGCGGCCGAUGACGACAUCGCCGCUGCGCUCGCGCUCUCGGCAGACGGCUCGACGGUAGUCGUCGCCUGGACCGCCGUAGGCGCCGACGAGGACAUUGUCGCCGCGGUCUACAACGUCGCCGCAGGCGCGUUUGAGGCCACUUCGCCGCACUACGUCAACACCAAUUACGCCGCCGACUCGGGUGAUGACCGCGCUGUCGCCUUGAUCGCCACCGCAGACGGCUCCAUGCUCGCCGUGUGGCAGUCGGACGAGUCUGCCGUCGGCUCGGCCGGCGCACUCGGCACCGACAUCGACCUGCUUGUCGCCCGGUCAUCCGACAACGGACGAAGCUGGGCUUCGCCGGAGCCGCUCUUCCCCGCGCUGGCCACCGCGGACUCUCAGUCCGAGUAUGCGCCUGCUUUUGCCGCACCCAUGCUGGCGGGAUCGCCGCUCGGCCUCGUCUGGUACGCGCCUGGCUCGUGGGGCGGCGGUGUGAGCACCGGCUCCGACUUUGAAAUCUUCUUUGCCACCUCGACAGACGCCGCCGGCGCUAUCUGGACCGCGCCCUUACGGAUCGCGUCCAAUGCGGCGUCCGACGGCUCCGCCCGCGACUACUCGCCGAGCCUGUCCGUCUCCACUGACGGGGUGUGGACCGUGACCUGGCACUCGGAGGCCACUUCGUACACCCGCCCGUCCACAGGCACCUUUGUUGCUCUUGGCUCCGACACCGACAUUCUGUACUCGCGCUCGGUCGACGGCGGAGCGUCAUGGUCGGCAGUCAACAUCCUCAACGUCAACGCACCGUCCGACGACGGCAACGACCACUCGGUUGCAAUCCGCUACGCCGCGGCAGAUCCUUGCAUUGUUGUCGCGCUCUGGGUCUCGUCGUCGACCCUCUCAUCGACGCUUGGUGCUGACGACGACAUCCUGGUCACACAUUCAAUCAAUGGCGGUUCAUCGUUUGCUGCGCCGAGCGCACUCGAGCCGAGCGCGUCGUCAGACUCGCUGCCGCAGGCCGAGCCGACCGUGGUCGGCACGGUCAACGGCUCGUUUACUGCCGUCUAUGCCGGCAUGACCUCGGGCACCUUUGACUGGGACAUCUACUCGGCAGUGGCAAGUCCCGGCUCCGCAGCCACCUGUGGCAACGGUGUGGUCGAGUGCGGCGAGGCGUGCGACCCGGUAGACGGCGACUGGUCGUGCUGUGACCCCGUGACUUGCAGCUUCCGUCCGGCCUCGGCCGUCUGUCGCCCGGCUGCCUCAGACUGCGACUUGCCCGAGACCUGUACCGGGACGUCGGCUGUCUGCCCGGCCGACGUCGCCAAGGCCGCCGGCGCGCCAUGUGAAGAUGGCUCUAUCUGCACCACUGGCGACACCUGCGCCGGAUCGCCGUCGCGGACCUGUGUCUCGGGCACUGUGGUCUGCGUCUGCGGCAACGGCGUGGUCGAGGGGCCCGAAGCCUGCGACCACGGAGGCGCGCCGGGCACGUGCUGCUCCUCGUCUUGCUCUAUUGAGCCAUCAGGCGUCAUCUGCCGCUUUCCGACUGGACCCUGCGACGUCGAAGAGCGAUGCGAUGGUGUCUCGGCGUCUUGCCCGGCCAACGCCUACGCCCCGGCCUCGACUGUCUGCCGCGCCGCAGCUUCGUCGUGCGACGUACCCGAGACCUGCUCAGGCUCGGCGCCGUCGUGUCCGGCCAACUCAUACACCGCUGCGGGCACCUCGUGCAACGAUGGCGCAAGUUGCUCGGUUGCCGACGCCUGCGAUGGCUACGGCACUUGCAUCGGCGACCGGUCUGCCUGUCCGCCGCCGCCGCCGUCGCCACCGGGCACAGCGUCCCCGCCGCCGCCGGGCGGCCUCCCGUCACCUCCGCCGCCACCGCCGUCACCGCCACCACCCACGUUUUCGCCACCGCCACCGCCGCCGCCAGGAACCCCAAGUUCACCCAACAACCCGCCUCCUCCGCCGCCAGCCUCAUCGCCGCCACCUCCGCCUCCGCCGGGCGCGUCGUCGCCACCACCGCCGCCAGGCGCAGUCUCGACUGCCACCGGUAUCGGCAUUGUUUCGCCGUCGUCGGCACCAUCACCUCUUGUCGAGCCGACCUCGUUCUGGUUUUGGGUCUUCUGGCUUGUCCUUCUCAUUCUCUGCUGCCUCCUCCUCCUGUUUCUCCUUGUCCGCUACCGGCGGCGGCACAACGGGCUCGUCGUUCCGGUGGCCUACGCGCCGGGUGAUGCCAACAAGCCGGGCAUCGACAUCACACUCACUCCUAACACGCCGCUGCCAAGCGCGGCGCUGCCGUUCAUCAACGCUGCUUCUGGCACCGACGCAACUGCUGCCAAUCCUGACACUGCUGGGCCAUCGGCACCAAACACCGCCGAGCUCGAGGCCCAGCUCGUGCUGCUCAAUGAUGAGCGAUCUGCUGUUCUUCACCAAGAGGCCGACCUCAAAGCCAAAAAGGCCGAGCUCGUUCGCAAGGCUAAGAAGCUCAAGCAGGCCCAGGCCAAGUUUCGGGAGAAGAUGCAAGCCAUGGAGGCUGCUCGCGCCACCGCGAGUGUCGAGCCGGGUGCACCUCUUCUCCACCCUACCGAAGACGAGGGUGUUCAGACUGAGGCUCCCUCGGUGGCGACGGCUGCGGUGGCGGCCACAGACAAUCCAGCCCUCGCCGAACUGCAUGAGGAGCACCAGCGGCUGCUCAAGGUCAAGGCUGAGCUCGAUGCUGAAGAGAACGAGCUGUCCGAGCUCAAGUCGCAGCUGGCGGCGAGAAAGAACGAGCUUGAUGAGCGUGAGGCGUCGGUGAGCGCACGCGAAAAGGAGCUUACCGCGCUGCGGGCGCAGCUGGAACCACGGCUGGCGGCACAGCGUGAGGAAUUUGAGACUGCGUCAGCCGAACGGCUAGCUGCCGACGCUGCCGAGUUUGCCGAGGCGCUGCAUCUGGCGGCGCCGCCUGUCGAGUCGACUGACGACGUGGCUGCGCGGCGCGCCGAGCUCGAGGCGCAGAUGGAGCAGGUCGAAACGCUGCGGACCUCGCUUUCGCUGCAGGCUGCCGCCAUUGACCCUGCAGACGCGUCCAAACAACAGGCAAUGGACUCGCUGGCGACGCUAGUUGAAGAAAAGGACUCAUUCGUGAGUUCUCAGCUUGCGGCGCUUAGGCUGCGCGAGAUGGAGCUCAACGGCGCGUCGCUCGAAGACAUGGCGCGCGAACGCGCCAAGGUCCAGGCCGAGCUCCAUGCCCAGUUGGCAGCGGCAACGUCUGCGCGCCGUGAAAAGACCUCAAGCGCAAGGCGCGGCUGCGGCGAUCGCUCGGCGCGGUCGCGCGAGAGCUCGGCCGAGCCGGGCGUCUCCAGCGGCGGAGCCGGUGCUCGACCAGAGGACGGGUCGGGUGAUGUGGAGGCAGCAGCUUCUGGCAGCGCUGCUCCUGGCUCCCCGCCCGGAAGCAGCAAGAGUGCGGACCACGACUCGUCGUGCUCGCCGUCCGGCUCGGGCAUCUCGCACAUCAUAGCAAUGCCCCACCUCGACGGCGACCGGACGAAGGACAAACUGGUGGCAACCAAGGCCGAGCUCAAAGACCGAAUCCAGACGCUGCGCAAGCGUGAAGCCCAGCUCGCUGCUGCCGAGGCCCGCCUCGAGCCAGGGCGCGAUGCUGAGAAGCUGCACACGCUGCGGCAACGCAAAAUCCAAGUGCGAGAGGAGCUUGCCGAGUCGGAGCAUACGCUCGACUCGGUGGUCACCGUCCUCGGUGUCCUCUAUGAAGGCGACGGUGUCGGUGGCAAGGUUGACGACGACGGGUCUACACACGAUGUGGAUAGUCCAGCGGCCGCAACACCUCAUCGCGUCGCAUCGCCGGGCUCGCCCGGCCUUGACAGCGGGUACUCAAAGCUUCAAAGCCGCGACCGCGAGCUGCAGCGGCGGCUAGACCAGGUGGCCCGCGAGCGGGUGGUUGUCGAGAGCAAGCUUGCAAGGGCAGAGUCGACCGGCGAGGUUGCUGCGCUCAAGCGGCAGUUGGCGCAGCUGGAGAAGCAGAACACGACCAUCGAGGAGCAGCGGGUGCAGGUUCAGCGGAUGCGAGCGACACGCUCGCCGUCCAUCACCGAGCUGGUUGGCACCGGCUCGCGUCCAUCGUCGCGGACCUCGCCCAAGCCGUCGUCCCCUCUGGCGAUGCACGGCGGGACGCCUGCGCGCGAAGACGCGCUGCUGGUCACUGCUGUUCGGGCCGCAGAAGGUGGAAAUGCGAUCCAAGAGGACGGGUCCUGGUCGGGCUCGGGCUCGGGCUCGGGCUCAGGCUCAGGCUCAGGCUCGGGCCCGGGUUCGGUUCGUCCGUCAAGCUGUCUCUCUGGUGCGGAUGAUGGCCCUGGUGCGAUGGACUCGCCGUCGGCUUCUCGAAUGCGCAAGCGCCAGCCGCUCCCGAAACUCGAGGAUCAGGACGCGAUUGGGUCUGGCGGCAGCAAAGGACAAGCGACUCGCAAGCCCAAGAUUGAGAAGCGAGUGGCCCGUCUCGAACGGGUUCUCGCCAAGAUCACACCGACUCUAGUUGACGCUCCGCUUGUCGAGGCCCAUGCUGUGCGGCAGACCGAAGUGGCCAGGGAGGCUGGCGUGGACGCCACCCAUCCAGUGUUGCUGCGACUAGAGAAGGCGCUGCCAGGUGCCGGAGUCCGUGCAGCGGGCCAGGGCAAGGCGUCGGCCACGGCGUCGGCCAAGACGUCUGGCAAAGCGGCCGCGUCAGCCGAGACUCGGACCGCUUCGGGAGCAGGCAAGACAGGUGAAUCGGGGCCGCUUAAGGCCACGGCGGCGCUACAAAGCCGCUCAGGCUCAGAGGCCAGCUCGGACUCGAGCCGGGCUCGGGCUCGGGCUUCACGCUCGGGACCGAGCUCCGGGUCGGGCUCAGAUGCUGACGAUGGCGAUGCACCAGCAUCGUCCGAGUCGAGCCCGGGCAAGAAGCAGCAAAAGGAGGCGGCCGAGCUGGAGCAGAAGCUUGCGCCGAUGCUGGAACAGAUGGGCAAAGAGUCGACCGAGGUGCAGCUGAAGCAGAUGAUGACGUCCGGCGGUGGAAGGGCUGGGUCGGCGUCACGGAAGCGCUCGACACUGGAGACCGACAGGGUGCCAGGCGAGGUGGACGCGGCGCAUGCUCGUGUGGAGGCGUUGACAACUGUGACAGCCGAGCUGACGGCCAAGGAGCUCGGACUCCAUGACCUGCACUCUGAGCUCGCGGGCGAAAAGUCGACCAAGCAAGGCGACUCGCAGCUGGCCGAGCUUGGCGAGUCGAUUCUAGAUAACUCGACCCAGGUCCGUGAGCACCAGGAGGUCAAGCUGGACGCGCUACGGGCGCGGACGAGGACGCUGUCGGAACACACCCGUGCGCUCAAAGCCAGCGCUCGCACCGCGGUGCGGCAGAAGAUCAGCGCAGAAGAAGCCGCAUUGCGAGGCGAGAUCUCUGCCCGGCGCGGCCUAGUCCGCGGCGCGGCGCACCAGCGGCACGAGCGUGUCUCAUCUCAGGUGCUGGCGACGCUGGAGCGGCAGCUGGCAGAGGUUCACUACGCCGACCAGGUGCUUGCGGUUGAACCACCACCCAAGCCCAAAGGUGGAGGGCGUGGGCGUAGCUCGCUACUGCAGCGCGGACGCGGACGUGGGCGCGCCGGCGGCGCAUCUACCAAGGACGAUGCCCGCGCUGCCGCGGUUCGCCACUUCCAGACCCAGGCCGGGAAGACGCAGAUCGAGCUGCGCAAGGUAGAGAGCCAGCUGGCGGCAGCGCAAGAGGCUGGUAGCGGAUCUGAUGUGACUCGUGCACUUGACGAUCGGCGCGUGGUGCUCGAGCGCCGGCUAGUUUAUCUCGAGGCACAGCAACUCGACGGCAAGGCACGGUUCAAGGCGCUGCACCAAGCCAACGCCGAGGUUGUGCGGCUGGAGGCCAAGCUUGAUGCCGCCCAGGCGGCGGGUGACGAGGCCGCAGCUACUGAGGCUGAACGUGCUCUGGACACGGCGCGGUUCCGGGUGGUGGCGGUAGCCAAGGAGUGUGCACAUCUGAGCGAGGACGAGGUGGAGACCAUCCACGAUGAGCUUGUCGCCAGGAUUGCCGAGCUGGAGAUCCGCGAGGCCGAGGCGCGCGAGGCGGGCGACGAGCAAGCUGUCGAGGCUGCGCGCACUCAGCUGAGCGAGACCCGCUCGCACCAGGCGUUGGUGGAUGCGGAGCUGACAGUAGUUCCGGCGUCGCAAGCCGAGAAGCGCAAGAAGAUCAUGGAGCUUCGCGAGUUUGUGCAGUCGGCUGAGGUGCAGGCGCGCGACCUCGAGUACGAGAUUGCAGACUUCCGGUCGCGCGAGGUGGUGCUCGGCUCGUCGGCGCCGAGCGUGGCGUCGCUGCAAGAGCAGCGGAAAAAGGCGAGCGAGGAGCUGCACAAGAUGCAGGCGCGUCGGGCAAGCGCAGCGGCGCAGGUGCGGCGGCUGACGGCGGCACUGGCGGCUGACACGGCGCUGCAUGGUUCGCUGCGCGAGGUUACCUCUCUCAUCAAGCGCAACUCGCGGGUAGUGCACGACGACGAGGGCUCAUCUUCGGGCUCGUUGGACGACGACGAGCUGAUGGACUCGAUGGCGCCGGACGCGUCGCCGGCGUAUGUGGCCAAGCUCCGGGCGUACGCUAAGGCGCGCAAGGAGCUCGACGCAGAGCGCGACGGGGCGAGCGCGGCAACCUUGAGCCCGACGCGAGCAAACAUCGGUGGCUCGCGCGAGGCAUCGCCUCGGCGGUCGCGGUCGACGUCGCCGACGCCGGCGCAGCUGCGCGAAGAGACGUACGUGGCUAGCAAAAACGUGGCGCUUUACCAGCGCUCGUUCCAAGGCGGCAAGGCGGCGAAGCAGUGGCGGACGCUGCUCCACGAGGAGGAGCAGCUGCAGUCGAUGAUGAUGGAGGUGCAAGAGGAGGAAGUGGCGCUUCAGGACCGUGAGGCCAAGCUCCUUGCCUCAUAUGGGUCUGUGGAGAAAGACAUGAGCGACGAGUCUGCGCGGCUCGAUGCACAGGAUCACGACCUGACCCUUGAGUUCCAGCGGCUGGAGGCGCGGAAAGAAGAGGUGGCGAAGCAGCAGGCUGCACUCGACGCCAAGCACGCCGACAUCGACCGGCUCAAGCAGCAGCUGCCGGGCAUAGCGCCGAGCGAAAAGCCGCGGCUACAUGCGAUGAUUUCCCAGACGCAGGGCGAGGCACGCAAGCUGAGCAAGGCCGUGGAGAGCGCCAAUGUGUCUGUGGACGAGUGGACGCAGGACCUCAAGAUCCGAAAGCGCAAGGUACUCGACCGCCGCGAGGUGACAGCCUCCAAGGGUCUCACCAUGCGACACCAACUGCUCAAGGUCCGGCAGAAGCAGCAUCGGCUCAAAGCGCGACGGUACGAUCUCGAGGAGCAAGGCCUCGCGCUCGAGACCGAGAAGCUCGACAUCGAGCUCGGUUUCAACGACGACGCCGUGGCGCACAUCGAGGACGCCGACAGCGAGAUGCACACCCGGAUGGAGCAGGUCGAGGCCGCGCAGAGCUCGCUGAGCGGGGCGGGGCGCAAGCUAAACGCGGCCGAGGAGGCCGCGUUGCGUACGCUCAAGGUCGAGCACGCAGCGCUCGCGCGGGCGCUCGCGACAAACGCCAAGAAGCGGACGGCGCUCGACGACGUGCGGGCGCAUCUCGACGGGCGCAUCGAAGAGACCAAGUCGCACUUUAUGCGGCUGGAACGAGCGCGGCGGCGGUGGGCACGGAAGAACGCCAAGUUCCACGAGGACGAGAAGGAGAUCAUGGCCAUGCUCCGCAACAAGGGUCAGUCGCAGGUCGAGUGCAUCCUACGCGCCCAGUACGAGAUGGGCGGCCUCCACCCGUUUGUGGCCAUGAAGUUCCUCGAGCUCUCUUCCCUCGACUGGUUCAUCUACGACUUUUAG